ACUGAUAGCAGUUAUUUGACGUGUCGUGUAACGGAGUGUUGAAUGGAGAAUCCGAGAAUAUUUGUCUUGAAACGCUAAGUUAAUAAUUGCUGUAGUAUAAUUCAGUAGAUCGUACAUUUGGCUGUUACUAUUGUUUAUUUGCGACUAUUUCACUCCAAAUGCAGCGACAUAUUCCACAACUCGUCAAGUAAAUAAUGAGGCAAAAUAUGAGAAGCGCUACUCAAGACACCGCUUGCAAACUGAAAAAUGUGACGACCUCGAAAACGAGUGAAAAGGAAGAGAGUAAGACGAACUGGUGGCUUUUAUUUGGAGGUAUAACUAUACUUACCUUAAUCACUAGAUUUUAUAAAGUUACUGAACCUCAGCAUGUAUGUUGGGAUGAAACACAUUUCGGCAAAAUGGGCAGUUGGUAUAUAAACAGAACGUUUUUCUUUGACGUACAUCCACCUUUAGGAAAGAUGCUCAUUGCUUUGUCGGGAUACAUAACGGGCUAUGAUGGGACAUUUGCUUUUGAAAAACCAGGAGAUAAAUUUGAAAAUGUCCAUUAUGUUGGCAUGAGAAUUUUCUGUACAAUUCUGGGUGCAUCCACUGUCCCUCUAUCAUAUCUCAUUGUAUGGGACCUUACUAAGUCAAUUUGUGCAUCUGCACUUGCUGCCUUUUUCAUCUUGUGCGACGUAGGAUUGUUGACGUUGAAUCAGUAUAUUCUUUUGGAUCCUAUAUUGUUAUGUUUUAUGAUGUGUGCAACAUGGGGCAUGGCGCAUGUAGCAUCUCUUCGAGAUCGACCGUUUACACGAUCAUGGUGGUCGUGGUUAUCAUUCACUGGAGCUUCACUCGCAUGUACAAUCAGCGUAAAAUUUGUUGGGCUCUUUGUUGUUCUGCUUGUGGGUCUUUACACUGUGUACGAGCUCUGGCGAGAAUUGGGUGACCUAUCUAAGCCUAUUUCUUAUGUGGGAAAACAUUUGUUAGCAAGAUGCUUUUGCCUCAUCCUAUUACCAGUUUUACUUUACAUGCUAUUUUUUUAUAUUCAUCUUUCCGUUUUAAAUAAAAGUGGGAGUGGCGAUGGCUUUUACAGUUCCGAAUUUCAGUCGCUAUUACGCGGAAAUUCACUGUAUAAUGCGACAAUGCCGCGACAAUUGGCAUACGGUGCUACUAUUACAUUAAAAAAUCAUCGCACAGGUGGUGGUUACUUGCAUUCUCAUUGGCAUUUAUAUCCAGAAGGAAUCGGCGCCAGACAACAACAGAUCACGACCUAUUCUCACAAAGACGAUAAUAAUCUAUGGCUGGUGAAGAAAUUCGAUAUGGACGUGAUAUCGCCAGAACCAGAAUUAGUUAAACACGGCGACCUCGUACGUCUAGAACACAUUACGACGAGACGGAAUUUACAUUCACACAAGGAGAUCGCGCCAAUAUCAAAAAAGCAUUAUCAAGUUACUGGAUACGGAGAAAACGGUACGGGCGAUGCUAACGACGUUUGGAAAAUACUGAUAACAAAUGGAAGGGACGGCGACAUAGUUGAGACAGUGACAAGUAAAUUAAAAUUUGUGCAUUAUCUUCAUCAUUGUGUGUUAACGUGUAGCGGCAAAACGUUACCGAAAUGGGGGUACAGUCAGCAAGAAGUUUCCUGUAAUCCUAAUAUGAGAGAUAAAAAUGGAUUAUGGAACAUCGAGGACAAUCAAUAUGCCAAAUUACCAAACGUCAGUUUCCGUGUGUAUGCGCCAGGAUUCCUUGAUAGAUUUCUGGAGUCGCAUGCCGUGAUGUUACAAGGCAAUUCGGAUCUAAAAGUGAAGGAAGGAGAGGUGUCCUCACGACCGUGGCAGUGGCCUAUAAAUUAUAGAGGGCAAUUCUUUUCCGGGAACAAUCAAAGGAUAUAUUUACUUGGCAAUCCUAUCAUUUGGUGGGGGAACAUAGUCUUCCUCGUAAUAUUUAUAGUUCUUUACGUCCAUGCUUCCGUGCAAGAGCAACGGGGUUGUAUCGACGGUGCUAUCAUGCUCAAACAGUGGAGCAAAAUAACGCAUGCCGGCAAGUGGCUCUUUCUCGGGUGGAUUUUGCAUUAUGCACCUUUUUGGGCAAUGACCAGGGUACUGUACUUUCACCAUUACUUCCCAGCGUUACUGUACAGCUCCAUGUUGACCGGGAUUACAUUGAAUCACGUCAUUGAGUGCUUCCUGUUGCUGUUACCCGGCAAAGUGGGAAAUACGUUUUAUCAUGUCACGUUAGGAACUGUAAUCUCCGGUACUGUGUAUAGCUUUUAUCUGUUCUCGCCGUUGGCUUACGGGAUGGACGGUCCGUCUGCUAUGGAUCCCGACAGCUCAAUGCAUUCUUUAAGAUGGAUGGAAUCUUGGGAAUUUUAAAAUCUGACUUAACGC